UUCGUAGCUACAGCUUCAGCACAGAUCGAAGUAGUAGCUAACAGCUAGCUGAUCACUUGAUCGAUCGAGAGGAGAAGCGGCAGCACGCGAUGACGCCGACGGCGACGACGAUGAGGAAGGUGGCGGCGGUGGUGCUGGUGGUGGUGGUGGCGGCGUGCAGGUGCAGCGACGCCGCCGUGCCGUGCAACGCCGGGCAGCUGACGGUGUGCGCGGGGGCGAUCGCCGGCGGGGCGAAGCCGACGGCGGCGUGCUGCUCCAGCCUGCGCGCGCAGCAGGGAUGCUUCUGCCAGUUCGCCAAGGACCCGCGCUACGGCCGCUACGUCAACAGCCCCAACGCCCGCAGGGCCGUCACCUCCUGCGGCAUCGCAGUCCCCAGAUGCCACUGAUCCAUCCACAGCUUAAUUAAUCUGCUGCCUCCAAUUCGAUCAAACAUCAUGCAUAUGUCUGCGUAUUUGUACGUUUUUAAUUUACUCGUGGCGCCUCACGAUGCGCAGCGUGAAUAAAGGAUGCAUCCGUAUGGACCGUAUAUGCA